CAAACGUACAUUCUUGUAGAAAGAAGUGCACUUAACGUGUGCAACAUGGAGAACGUAAAUAAGCCGAAUAAUUUCUCGAAAAAGGCUAAAUUCAAGCCUGGAACCAAGAAAAGAGAAAAUAAAUGUAUCGUAACGUUUGACGACAAAGACAGACAGGAGUUUCUCACUGGCUUCCACAAGCGAAAGGUUGAAAGGAGGAAAGCAGCUUUGUCAGAAAUCCGAAAGAAAAUCAAGGAAGAGCAAAACAGACUGCGAGAAGAGAGGCAUAAAGAGUACAUGAAGAUGCUGAAGGAGAGGAGAGAAGCUCUCGAGGAAGAUGAACUUGAAGACAUGAUAACUGGUACAACAGAAUCUGUGCAGUAUGACCACCCCAACCACACUGUCACCGUGACGACCAUCAGUGAUCUUGACCUUACAAGGUCUCACCUGGUACCUGCAGAAAAUCUGGUAAAUGGAGAUGGUGAGGAUGAGAAUGAGGAGAAGGGAGGCGAAGAGGAGGAGAAAACAAUACCAGUGCCAAAGAAAGCAGGAAAUCACAUGACUAACAAAAAGAUUCGCUCCCUCAGAGCUUCUCUCAGCACUUUCACCCACAAGCGGAAGAGGAAGGGGAAGCAGGAAGGCCGGGGACAACGAGGCCGUUUCACAGACAAGAACACUGCUGUCUCUGAGUUCAAGAGCAGAACCAGGAGGACGACAAAGCAACAGAGACGCCGACGAAUGGGGAAUAAGGUGCACCAUCAGGACUGAGAAUCUGGAAUAAAUAUAAUGCAGGGAUUGUAUUAAGAACUGUGAUGUGACUGGACUUUUUUUUUUUUUUUUUUUUGAAGGGGAGGGGGUGCAGCUGACAUCACAUCUUGUAGAAUUUUUACACUUUGUCAAAACAGAUCAUUUUUUUGUAAUAUUUUGUUGCAACUUUUAUUAAAAGAAAACUGAAUCAUUCUCAUGUGACCUUCUGUUGCAUUCCAAAAAUGUCUUCUUCCUGCUUAACUUGACUUUGUCGUCAUCAUCUGCACUCAGCUGUUUCCUCAUUGCUGGCGUAACCUGUGUGAGAUCUGCUCGAGAACAACUACAGUCCCUUAAUUCCUUUUAAAAUGCGAAGAAGGGCCUUCUGCACAGCCAAUGGCUUCAGUGUGUGUUUAAACCCACGCAUCAUCCUUGUUUAUUUAUUUACGUUAACCUGAGCCAGCGUGUGCCAGCUGUCACUAGCAUGAGCAUUUCAUUUCGCUUUCUAAAGCCUGUGAUAUUUAAUACAAGCCCACAAUAAAGCAACUGGCGUGUCA